UGGGCAGCCGGCGCCAUGGCCGCACCGGAGCCGCUGCGGCCGCGCCUGUGCCGCCUGGUGCGCGGCGAGCAGGGGUACGGCUUCCACCUGCAUGGCGAGAAGGGCCGCCGCGGGCAGUUCAUCCGGCGCGUGGAGCCCGGGUCCCCGGCCGAGGCGGCCGCACUGCGCGCCGGAGACCGGCUGGUCGAGGUCAACGGCGUCAACGUGGAGGGCGAGACGCACCACCAGGUGGUGCAGAGGAUCAAGGCUGUGGAGGGGCAGACUCGGCUGCUGGUGGUGGACAAGGAGACAGAUGAGGAGCUCCGCCGGCGGCAGCUGACCUGCACUGAGGAGAUGGCUCAGCGAGGGUUGCCGCCUGCUCAUGACCCCUGGGAGCCAAAGCUGGACUGGCCCCGUGCAGGCAGCCUCAGCUCUGAGGUUGGCCAGAAGGAUGUCAAUGGGCCCCUGAGGGAGCUGCGCCCGAGACUCUGCCACCUGCGAAAAGGUCCCCAGGGCUACGGGUUUAACUUGCACAGUGACAAGUCCCGGCCUGGACAGUACAUCCGCUCUGUGGACCCAGGUUCACCUGCCGCUCACUCUGGCCUCCGUGCCCAGGACCGACUCAUCGAGGUGAAUGGGCAGAAUGUGGAGGGGCUGCGCCAUGCAGAGGUGGUGGCAAUCAUCAAGGCACGGGAGGACGAGGCCCGGCUGUUGGUGGUGGACCCCGAAUCGGAUGAGUACUUCAAGAGGCUGCGGGUCACACCCACCGAGGAACAUGUAGAAGGUCCAUUGCCAUCACCAGUCACCAACGGGACCAGCUCCUCCCAGCUCAAUGGUGGCUCAGCAUGCUCGUCCCGAAGUGAUCUGCCUGGCUUAGACAAGGACACUGAGGACAGCAGCACCUGGAAACACGACCCUUUUCAGGAGAGUGGCCUCCACCUGAGCCCCACGGCGGCUGAGGCCAAGGAGAAGGCGAGAGCCACUAGGGUCAACAAGCGGGCGCCGCAGAUGGACUGGAACCGGAAGCGAGAGAUCUUUAGCAACUUCUGAGCCCCUCCCUGCCUGUCCCCCGGCUGGGCCUCCUCCCUGCACGGACCUUGGGCCUUGCCCCUUGGGCCCCGUCCACAGCUCCCCAAGCCUCAGUGGACAGGAGGGGGGCAUCCUCACCCCCUAAGCUAUGGUGGUCCCACCACCACCCAGGAACCCGUGCCCUAG